UAAGUGCACCAGCGCAGGCGCAGGAGGCGGGCAAAUUCUGAGGACCCGGAGAGCGGGAGGGUUUGUCUCCCCGAUCCUUUCCAAGAUUACGAGCAUACAAGCGCACCAGAGCGACUGAGAGCAAGAGCUACUGAGAGAAUUGGCUUCCUCCUGUUCAUCAGCGCUCACCGGAAGCAGGCGAGUACGGGAAUCUGGGAGGACUUAAUUGGAGUUCCGUCUGCCUUUUCCAGGAAACGCGCGCGCGCGCGUACCCAAACGACCCCGCGCACGGCUCAUCUCGCGAGACUUGACUCGAGCCCGAGAUCCGGGCGUUUAUGUUUGCUCCGGGACCCUCUUUGCCGUGCUCCUGCCUUCCCCAACCCCUGCAGUCUCCACCGUUGCAGCCCCACACUGCCUCGCCUUGCAUCGCCAUGGGUUUUCUAAAACUGAUCGAAAUCGAAAAUUUCAAGUCCUACAAGGGUAAGCAGAUCAUCGGGCCCUUUCAGAGGUUUACAGCCAUUAUCGGGCCUAACGGCUCCGGGAAGUCGAAUCUUAUGGACGCUAUCAGUUUCGUGCUGGGAGAAAAGACCAGCAAUUUGCGUGUAAAGACUUUGCGGGAUCUGAUCCACGGGGCUCCCGUGGGCAAACCAGCUGCCAACCGUGCAGCGGUCAGCAUGGUGUAUUCUGAGAACAAUGGUGAGGAACGCAUCUUUGCCCGGAUAAUUGUGGGGGGUUCCUCUGAGUACAAAAUCAACAACAAGGUGGUCCAGCUGCUUGAAUACAGCCAAGAGCUGGAGAAACUGGGCAUUCUCAUCAAAGCUCGGAACUUCCUAGUGUUCCAGGGUGCUGUGGAGUCUAUUGCUAUGAAGAACCCCAAGGAGCGGACAGCCUUGUUUGAGGAGAUCAGCCGCUCAGGGGAAUUGGCCCAGGAGUAUGAUAAGCGGAAGAAGGAGAUGGUAAAGGCUGAGGAAGAUACUCAGUUCAAUUACCACCGAAAGAAGAACAUUGCUGCUGAGCGCAAGGAAGCCAAGCAAGAGAAGGAGGAAGCUGACCGCUACCAGAGGCUGAAAGAUGAAGUUGUUCGUGCACAAGUGCAGCUACAGCUCUUCAAACUGUAUCACAAUGAGAUGGAGAUUGAGAAAUUGAAUAAGGAACUCACUUCCAAGAACAAGGAGAUUGACAAGGAAAAGAAGCGCAUGGACAAGGUGGAAGAAGAGCUAAAGGAUAAAAAGAAAGAACUGGGCAAAAUGAUGCGUGAGCAGCAGCAGAUUGAGAAGGAGAUAAAAGAGAAAGACUCAGAGCUUAAUCAAAAGCGGCCUCAAUACAUCAAGGCUAAAGAAAAUACUUCACACAAGAUCAAGAAGCUGGAAGCUGCCAAGAAAUCUCUGCAGAAUGCCCAGAAACAGUACAAGAAGCGAAAGGGUGAUAUGGAUGAACUAGAAAAGGAAAUGGUGUCAGUGGAGAAGGCAAGGCAAGAGUUUGAAGAUCGCAUGGAAGAAGAGAGUCAGAGCCAGGGACGGGAUCUGACUCUGGAGGAGAAUCAAGUGAAAAAGUACCACAGACUGAAGGAAGAAGCCAGCAAAAGAGCAGCCACCCUGGCCCAGGAGCUAGAGAAGUUCAAUAGGGACCAGAAAGCUGAUCAAGACCGGCUGGACUUAGAAGAACGAAAAAAAGUUGAGACAGAGGCCAAGAUCAAACAGAAACUUAGGGAAAUUGAGGAGAAUCAGAAGCGAAUUGAGAAGCUGGAAGAAUACAUUACCACUAGCAAGCAGUCUCUGGAGGAACAGAAGAAACUAGAGGGGGAGCUAACAGAAGAAGUUAAACUUGCUAAACAGCGCAUUGAUGAAAUCAACAAGGAACUGAAUCAGGUGAUGGAGCAACUUGGAGAUGCCCGCAUAGACCGGCAAGAAAGCAGCCGGCAGCAACGCAAGGCAGAGAUAAUGGAAAGCAUCAAACGCCUCUAUCCUGGUUCUGUUUAUGGCCGUCUCAUUGAUCUGUGCCAGCCAACACAGAAAAAAUACCAGAUUGCUGUGACUAAAGUGUUGGGCAAAAAUAUGGAUGCUAUCAUUGUGGAUUCUGAAAAGACUGGCCGGGACUGUAUCCAGUAUAUCAAGGAACAGCGUGGGGAGCCUGAGACAUUUUUACCACUUGACUACCUAGAAGUGAAACCAACUGAUGAAAAGCUGCGGGAACUGAAAGGGGCCAAGCUGGUGAUUGAUGUGAUUCGCUAUGAGCCACCACACAUCAAGAAGGCUCUCCAGUAUGCCUGUGGCAAUGCUCUAGUAUGUGACAAUGUUGAAGAUGCCAGGCGAAUUGCCUUUGGUGGCCAUCAGAGACAUAAGACAGUGGCGCUAGAUGGGACACUUUUCCAGAAGUCUGGUGUCAUCUCUGGGGGAGCAAGUGACCUCAAAGCCAAGGCCCGUCGCUGGGAUGAGAAAGCAGUUGACAAACUGAAAGAGAAGAAAGAGCGCCUAACAGAGGAGCUAAAGGAACAGAUGAAGGCCAAGCGGAAGGAGGCUGAGCUGAGGCAAGUGCAGUCCCAGGCUCAUGGCUUGCAGAUGAGGCUCAAGUACUCCCAGAGUGACCUGGAACAGACAAAGACCCGCCACCUUGCACUCAACCUACAGGAAAAGUCCAAGCUGGAGAGUGAGUUGGCUAACUUUGGGCCUCGUAUCAAUGACAUCAAGAGGAUCAUUCAGGGCCGGGAAAGAGAGAUGAAAGACCUGAAGGAGAAGAUGAACCAGGUAGAGGAUGAGGUUUUUGAGGAGUUCUGCCGAGAGAUUGGAGUUCGCAAUAUUCGUGAAUUUGAGGAAGAGAAAGUGAAGCGGCAGAAUGAAAUAGCCAAGAAACGGCUUGAAUUUGAGAACCAGAAGACUCGCCUGGGUAUCCAGCUAGAUUUUGAAAAGAACCAGCUGAAAGAGGACCAAGACAAGGUUCACAUGUGGGAGCAGACAGUGAAGAAAGAUGAGAAUGAAAUCGAAAAGCUCAAAAAAGAGGAGCAGAGACACAUGAAAAUAAUUGAUGAAACUAUGGCCCAGCUGCAGGAUCUCAAGAAUCAGCAUCUGGCAAAGAAAUCUGAGGUGAAUGACAAGAACCAUGAGAUGGAGGAAAUCCGUAAAAAGUUGGGUGGAGCCAAUAAAGAAAUGACCCACCUGCAAAAAGAGGUAACAGCUAUAGAGACAAAGUUAGAACAGAAGCGGAGUGACCGGCAUAACUUGCUGCAGGCUUGCAAAAUGCAAGAUAUCAAGCUGCCCCUGGCCAAGGGAACCAUGGAUGACAUCAGCCAAGAAGAAGGGAGCUCCCAGGGGGAAGAGUCUGGGAGUGGCUCACAACGAACAUCCAACAUUUAUGCCCGCGAAGCCCUUAUUGAAAUUGACUAUAGUGACCUCUGUGAGGACCUAAAAGAUGCUCAGGCUGAAGAGGAAAUUAAGCAGGAAAUGAACACACUGCAGCAAAAGCUGACAGAACAGCAGAGUGUUCUGCAGCGUAUUGCAGCUCCCAAUAUGAAGGCUAUGGAGAAACUGGAGAGUGUGCGUGACAAGUUCCAGGAGACAUCAGAUGAAUUUGAGGCAGCUCGAAAGCGGGCCAAGAAAGCUAAACAUGCCUUUGAGCAGAUUAAAAAGGAACGCUUUGAUCGCUUCAAUGCCUGUUUUGAGUCCGUGGCCACCAACAUUGAUGAGAUCUACAAAGCCCUGUCCCGUAACAGCAGUGCUCAGGCUUUCUUGGGUCCUGAGAACCCAGAGGAGCCCUACUUGGAUGGGAUUAACUACAACUGUGUGGCCCCUGGCAAGCGGUUCCGGCCCAUGGACAAUCUGUCUGGUGGGGAAAAGACUGUAGCAGCCCUUGCUUUGCUCUUUGCCAUCCACAGCUACAAACCAGCCCCCUUCUUUGUUCUAGAUGAAAUUGAUGCAGCUUUAGAUAACACCAACAUUGGCAAAGUUGCCAACUAUAUAAAAGAACAGUCAACUUGCAACUUUCAAGCCAUUGUCAUUUCACUGAAAGAAGAAUUUUAUACAAAAGCUGAGAGUCUGAUUGGUGUCUAUCCUGAACAAGGGGACUGUGUUAUCAGCAAGGUACUGACAUUUGACCUUACCAAAUACCCAGAUGCCAACCCCAACCCCAAUGAGCAGUAAUACAGUCUAGGGAGGAAGGGGGAGGAGGAAGUGGUAUAGGCCAGGAUUAGUUGCCUUAACUGUCCAAUUUGGUAGAGAAACAUGUUUUAGGCCUAUAAGAUGUAGAACAUCUCCCCUGUUAUAGAGAAUCAUGGUCUUUAUGCCAUUUAAGAAAACUUAAAGCAGUAUUGUAAAACUCAUUGGGGUGUAUAUCUGCAUUGGGGUGGGGAAAGUUUAGUUACUUUAUUAGUUACUUAGCUUAGUUACUUCUCCGCCAAGGCCAAGUCCUAUGGCCUCUUUGACAAUUAUGUUGAAAAUCCUUCUUUUAGAAUAGGGGUUCUUAAUCUGGUGUCUGUGAUCUUCUGUGUUUUUAAAAUAUUUUGAUAAAUUUGUUUCAAUAUAAUUUACUUUCUCUGUAUUUUAUUUCUAUAUAUUUUAUGCUUUUGAAAACAGUAAUGUGUUGGGAUUCCAUAGGCUUGACAGCCUGCCAAAGGGAUCCUUGAUACAAAGAAGAUUUGGAUCCUCUGUUUUAGAAGGGGGGAGUGUUUCCAGUGCUUCUUGGACACAUGGCUGUUGGCAUGGGUUGGUGCCCAACCCAUAAAUUUGUCUUUUGAGUUUUGAUUUGAUAUACCUAUAUACCUAGAGAGAUAAUUUUCAUCGCUAACACAUAACAGGCCCUUUAUUCUUACUAUUGAUUCUUUCAAAUCUUUUAUCAGUAUCUGUGUCUUAUUUAGAAUUGCAUGGAAUAUAAUUACUUAAUCAUAGUUGUAUUUUACAGAUAAUUAUCCCACAACCAUUUUCCAAAAAACAGAUCCUAUCCCUAAGAGAUUAAAUAAAACCCAGAGACCUGAACUCAAAUAAUCUUAUCAGUAAAUUUAAAAUGUUCAUUAUUCUAGUAAGAAGGUCUUGGCUGUUGGUGAUUUUUUAAAAAACCAACAUUGUAUAAUAAAAAGAGCACUGAGAUAGAAUUUCUAAAUUUUCUCAUAAGUUAUAUUAUUAUGAGGAUAAUAAUCUAGGAUGUUUCAAAACUUCUCAGUGCAGUUUUAAAGUAUUCAAGCUCAAGACUUCCCUAAGACUUUUGAGCUUCCUGUGUAUACUCGUACAUUGUCAUGAUGCUAUUCUUAUGAUCAUAUAAAAUAGAAAUUUGUAAAUAGUAAAACACUAUAUAAUUAUUAUAAGAGUUGCUGAAAAAAUAGAGUAUUACAACCCCAAAAAUAUAAGUAAUCAUGUGAAUCAGAGGCUUAAUAGUCUACCAUUAUUUCUUUUCCAUUCAUAGUGAUUUUCCUUACUUAAUAUUUCUUUUCUGUUGUAUAGCAAAAAGUAGCCUUGAAAAAUUUAGAUGAAAAAGCCAAAUGGUUACAAACAUUAAUUGCAUAUACAAAUAGCAGACUAUAUAAUCAUAAGAAAUAUUUUGUGUAUUUACUGCUAAUUUAAUUUUAUGGGAAUGUUAAAAUUUAUGGGGAUGUUUUGCUCACAUAAAUAUAGGAGGAAAACAGAGACUUGGAUUAAGAUCUACUGCUAUUUAAUUUAAUACCCACAUAAUAGUUUGUCAAGUUCCUUAACCUCUCUGGGCCUAAAUUUCCUUAGUUGUAAAAGAAGGGAUUUAUACUAUGUGACAUUAGGGUUCCUUUCUAUUCUAAAUCUGUGAGCAUGAGAAAAAUUUUAGAGACCCCAAAUUUCAUGAUUGUGUCAUAAAAUAAGUAGAAACCCAUUAGGACUUUUAUAUACAGAAGUUGAAUUCAGAAUUAGUAGAAAAUGCAUAAAACAACACAGUCCCCAGAUUUAAAGACACAUUACAAAAUACUGAAAAAAUAAAGAAUGAUAAAUAAUAAAAUUCAUUUGGAAGAACAAAAAAUGUAGAAUCCAGGAGAAAUAAGGAAAUGAAAGGUGAGUAGCACAUCUAGACUUUAUAUUAUAAAGCAGUAGUAGAUCUGUGAAAUAGACUAUAUAAAAAAAAAAAAGAAUCAGAAAUCCAACUGAAUAACUUGGUAUUGAAUAAAUUUGAGACCAUACUUAUUUGAGAAACUUGCAGGGAGCUGUUUAAUAAGAUAUGCUGGGAAAAUUGAAAGGCAGUUUUGCAGAAAUUAGUCCUAGACCAGUAACUUACAUUAUGUAAUAAAUUAAGUUCAAAAAUGGAUAUGAAAACUUAAAUAUAAAAGGACAAUCAAGUAAAAAAAGGUGAGAUCAAGUAUCUCUCACAGUUGAUUAUUAAAGGAAAUAUACUUUAAUAUAUGCUAGUGACUCUGAAAGAUAAAAUAAUUUCAUUUAUAUUAAUUUAAAAGCAUUUGUAUGACUCGGAAGAAGAGCGUUGAUUAGGAAAAUAAUAUUUACAUAAAAUAGUUUGUAUGAUAACCAACAUAUGUUAUAAUUAUCAAAUGUGUAAGAUCAAUGGUCAAAGAAUAUGAAAAUUAUUUCAAAUGAAGAACUACUAUGUACAUACUAUUAACCAUAUGAAAAGUUGCUUCAGUUCCCUAAUGACACAAAUGCAAAUCAAGGCAAUAUUUUAUCUUGUAUCCAGUAAAUUAGCAAAGAUAACAAAUAGAGAAAUUGCCCAUGUCACUAGAGCUAGUAGAGAUGUGAAUUGAUCCAAGCACGUUAGAAAAUAAUGUAUUAUACUAAAAAAAAAAAAUAAAAUUGUUUUUUGACUAAAAUAUUCAUAUCCCUUGACUCAGAGAUUAUACUGUGUGGUAUAUGCCAAGAUGGUUUAAACAAAGAAAAAUCUCAUGUAACUAAGAACUAGGAGUGAAAUAGCCAUGAAAAUGAUGAAUAUAAUGAGUUGUUACCUAUUAAAUAAGAUGAUAAAUAAUGAAGAAUUAGAGAAAUGUGAAUAUUUUUGUGAACUGAUGUGGAGUGAAGUAAAGUUGAAAGAGGGCACAAAAACUAGGGUAAUUAAAUGAAAAAAAUAAACCCUCAAAAACAAGUUUCCAGGGUUUUAUAAGAAAAGCAAGUUUGGGGAAAAAAAAAGAAAAUUAAGUUUGACCUCAAAAAGAACUGAGAAAAUAUACUUCCCUCCUUUCUUUACAAAGGUGUGGGAUGACAGGUUGCAAAACUACACUGGCUUGGUUUUUUUUCCUCUUUUUAAUGUUGAUAAAGGGGUAACUCCAUCAUUGGAAAGGAGGAAGUCAUAUGUGGGGAAAUGAAAAUGUUAUAAAUUUUUUAUUAAAAUUCCUGAAAUGAAGAUAAAGAGAAGGUAAAGAUUUUUUUUUAAGUUGUAUAAAAUUGCCUUCCAUUACUGAACAAGUGGGUAUUUUUUUUCUUAGUCUUAAUUAGCCUUUCCCGUAAAAAAAUGUUUAGAAAAAUCAAUAUCUUGUACUUCCAUUAGUGUAGAUCAAGAAAUUUCAAUCUUCAGCCACAAACCUUUGACCCAAACCUAAUUAAAAAUUGGGAAAUGUUUAACGAAAUACAUAAAAAUACAAUUUAGAUAGUAUAAAUUUGUCUUUUUCCGGGUCAGUAUAUUGCGUGCAGGUUUGAUUGUGAUACCAUUUGUGUAGCUAUUCUCUUCUCAAAUGCAGUAUUUUAUGGUUUACCAUGAACAAAAAUUUUAUCAUCUACCAACUGAUGAGCUUGAUGUAAACUUUAAUUUGACCAGAAUCAAGAAUGAUUUGUAUGUUUUGGUUAGUUAAUUAUUUCAAUGGGAAGGAAAGAUGAACCAAAAGUACCAAAAUUAAAAAUAGACUUUAGAAAGGACAAGAAUAUUUUUAAAAUAUUUGAAUUUACUUGCUUCUAUACUGUGAAAUCCAAAAGGCUUUAUGUAAUGUUUCAGUCCUUAUUUAGCAGGUGUGUUUUAUCAUUUUUGUUAAUAGUAAUUAUAUUUACAAUAAAAAAAUUUUUAAAGCAG